AUGAAGAUUAUUUCGGAUCGUCUUAGUUUUAAUGAAACAAUUUUACUCGAAAAACGUCGGAAUAAAUUGAGUGAUUUUGAUGUUAUCGAAGUUUGUAUAAGUAAUGCUUCUAGAAUUAUUGCUUUAUUGCAAAAACACGAUCGAGUCAAACGAAUAUUUCAUAAUAUACAAUUUUCGAUGCAAAAUUUUAUAAGAAAACCUCUUGGCUUUCGUAUAAAUGGAAAAAAUUUAGAAGCGUAUCGUGUUACGAAGCUAUUGCAUGUUAAUAAACUGUGGGAUAUGGGUUUUAAAGGGUUAGGUCAUGGAACAUUUGUAGCUGGUGUUGUUGCGAGCAUCAAUCAAAAGUGUGCUGGUUUAGCUCCGGAAUCAAAUUUAUAUGUAUAUAAAGUAUUUACCAAAAACCAAGUAAAUUUUGCUUUUAGUGCUCCUUUUACUUGCACACCAUUAUUGUUUUUGCGCGAAUUCCUAGGAAAACCAACAAAAAAGAAGUUCUUUCAGAUUUCUUAUACUUCUUGGUUUCUCGAUGCUUUCAAUCAUGCUAUUCUUCGUGAAAUCAACAUUUUAAAUUUGAGUAUUGGUGGUCCGGAUUUUACUGAUGUUCCAUUUAUCGACAAAGUAUGGGAAUUAAGUGCCAAUAAUAUUAUCCUUAUCUCGGCAAUUGGAAAUGAUGGACCAGGCUUCGGAACAUUAAACAAUCCAGCCGAUCAAAUGGAUGUUAUUGGUGUGGGCGGAAUCAAUAGCGAUCUUAAGAUUGCUCGUUUUUCCUCGCGCGGAAUGACCACAUGGGAAUUACCAGGAGGAUAUGGUCGAGUAAAGCCCGACAUUGUAACUUAUGGAGGUUCUGUCUAUAGUUCAGCAUUAGAUGGCAAUUGUCGCAUUUUAUCUGGCACUUCAGUUGCUUCGCCUGUAGUUGCUGGUGGAGUCGCUGUUAUCUUGAGUGGGAUCGAAGAUCGUCAAUUGUGGAACCCAGCUGUAGUUAAGCAAGCAUUGAUCGAGAGUUCCAUUAGGUUAAGUAAUUCUGCUAGCAUGUUUGAACAGGGUAGCGGUAGAAUGGACCUUUUGGCUGCUUUCAACUUUAUGCGCAAAUACGAACCGAUGAUAACAUUGUUUCCGCCAUAUUUAGAUUUCAAUGAAUGUCCUUAUAUGUGGCCUUAUUGCAGUCAACCAAUAUAUUAUUCUGGGAUUCCUAUAGUUAUAAAUGUAACCAUUAUUAAUGGUCUUGAUUUAAGUGGAAAAAUCGCUGAACAACCAAAAUGGGAGCCAUUCAUCGAUGAAAAUGGUGAUUUAUUGAGAAUAUCAAUUAAACAUUCUGAUUACUUGUGGCCUUGGUCAGGUUAUUUGGCCAUUUUUAUAGCUGUCGCUGCGAAGGGUAAAAAAUAUGAUGGCAUUGCGAGUGGAAGAAUUAAAAUCACCGUUACGAGUGACGCUCUAGGAAAAAAGAUGCAUUCAACUGUAUAUUUUCCAAUUCGAGCACGUAUUGUGCCGACACCUCCAAGAAAAGAGCGUAUACUUUGGGACCAGUAUAGAAAUAUUCGAUAUCCUCCUGGAUAUAUGCCUCGAGAUGAUCUUAGGGAUCGAUCAAAUCCGUUAGACUGGACUGCCGAUCAUCCACAUACAAAUUUCAAGGCCCUAUAUCAGCAACUGAGAAGUAGUGGCUAUUAUUUAGAGGUAUUAGGUGAACCCUUGACGUGUAUUGAUCUACAUCAAUACUCGGUCUAUGUUGUGGUUGAUCCAGAAGAUGAAUUUUUCCCAUUAGAACGGGAAAAAUUAUAUGAAGCCAUCGAGGAUUUUGGUUUAAAUAUCGUGAUUUUUGCAGAUUGGUUUAAUGCAAGUGUUGCUGAAAAACUGGGAUUUACAGAUGAAAAUACAAAACAAUGGAUGCGCCCAGAAACUGGCGGCAGCAAUCUUCCAGGCUUAAACGAUUUUUUGCAGCGCUGGAAUUUCACUUUAGGAUCUUUCAUUUGGGAAGGGACCAUCUCAUUUGGUCGAAGGCAUAUUAAUUAUGCUUCUGGUACAUCCAUUAUUCAUGCUCCAAGGAACAGUUUAUUGUUGUUUGCAAAUCUAACUGAUCUUGGUGCUGAAAUAUUAACUGGCGAGAAACAGAUGUCGUCUCAAGAAGUGGCUGUUUUUGGUUUUCAUAAAAGCAGUAGCUUAUCAGGACGAGAAUCAGGUUUCAUUGCUGUUUAUGGUGAUAGUUCGUGCCUUGAAGGGUCCGGAUUUGACCAUAAAGGAUGUAUUCCGCUUAUGGAAUUACUGCUUGAUGUUGCAAGUAGUGGCGAUGAUAUUACAAAUUCUUUACGUUCGCUUAGACAGAUUGAUCAUUGGAAGAUAAGCGAUUUAGAAAAAUCUGCUGCAUCGCAACGAAUUUUAAAUUCCAAUUUCACCGUUUAUUCGCAGGUGGUGUUUGAAUUUAAUUCUGAGAAUCGACCCGUUUUUCGCGAAUUACCUACUUGUAAAACUUUCACUUGGACAUCGGCAUACCCAUUGUUCAAUAUUACAUUACCAUUCUUCAGCGAUUUACGAGGCAUAAAUCGAUAUAAAAUCUCCACUGUUAAUGCGAUACAGCCAGUUGGCUUAUCAUAUCAGAUUGAACAAGUCGAUAAAUUUUUCGGCAUUGAUUCUGAAAUUUUUGAUACGGAAUUUAGCAACUCCUAUGAUUCUGUAAAUUAUCCGAUUGCUCAUUUUAUAUUCUAUGGUGGUUUCGAUGUAUUUGAAUCUAAAGUGGAGAAAAUUUUUCACCAUGGUGAAAACUUAUAA